CACGAGGAAUUUCACCGAGAAAGGAAUUUUGCUUAAGCAUAUGAUGGUUCAUACCGGUGAGAAACCGUACAGUUGUUCAAUGUGUGGGAUGAAUUUCACCCAGAAAGGGAAUUUGCAUGAACAUAUGAGGGCUCACACCGGUGAGAAGCCGUACAGUUGUUCGAAUUGUGGGAUGAAUUUCACCCGUAAAUAUAGUCUGCAUAAACAUAUGAGGAGGAUUCAUAGCGAUGAGAAACCGUACAGUUGUUCGAAAUGUGUGAUGAAUUUCGCCGAUUCAUCGAGUCUGCUUAGGCAUUCGAGGACUCACACUAAUGAAAAACCGCACGCUUGUUCUGUGUGCAAUAAAAAUUCUCGCAAUCAAAUCAUAUGA